UUUAUUGUUGUUAGGAUAUUUCGUUUAUAAUUUCUUUUUGAACAACUAAUAGAUUGGAUAUUUAGUAUACUGUAUGUUUCUACUACUAUAACAAAUGGAUGAAGAAGCUUCUAUCAGUUCGAGUCCUCCAAGAAAUAGAGGGGGUGUAAAUCACAACAUUGAUGAUGAUGAGUUUACAAACAUACAAGAAACACCAGAUGAUGUCACAGAAGAAUGGUUUGAGCCACCACAGAAUCACAAUGAACUGAACAGUUUACUUCAAUCAUUGGAUGACAAACCACACACAGAUGAUGAAUUUUCAUUUGAAAAAAAGAAACUACCAGAAUAUCAUACCAACAUUGAAACCCUUCGAGAUGAGAUGGAAAAAAGUGGAACCUCACUUAAAUAUAUGGAAGAUUUUGAACACGUUGUUGAGAAAGAUAUUUUGAUGAUUGGUUCAGUCAGUAUUGAAGAUUUGGAGAAACAUGAAAACAAACAGAAAGAGGAAUAUCUUCAAAUACAACAAAGACAAGUUGCUUUGCAACAAGAAAGAACAAAAGAAUUAACAAAACUUGCUGAACUUGCAAAGGAAAGAGUUUGGUUGCAACUUAAGGAACAACAGAAAGAAGCGAAUAUAAGAGAAGAACUACUUGCUAAACGGGAGCGAUUGUUUCAAGAGCAGGCACAAAAGUCAUUCAGACAGUCAGAAAACCAACUGAAACACGCACUUGAGAAGCGACAAGCAGAAGUGAAAGCUUUCUAUGGAGAUCUUACACUAGCUGAUAAUCAAUAUGGGGAUAGUAAAGGUCGUAGAUGGAGGGUAGAAUGGUCAAAAACUCCACAACCUGUGCAGAUUAAACUGAAAACUAUUCGUGGAAUAAGAGACAAAGUUCCUAAGGGAAGAUAUGUGGUUAUGAUAUCUUUAUACGACAGAUUGGGAGGCCAUGUAUUAAGAUGGUCCAGAAGGUUGGGCCAGCAAUGGGGAGGUGCUACACUACCUGUAUAUCAUGAUGGGCAUUACUCUAACACUGAGAUACAUCUCGAACAAAGUGUGUUCACUGUGUUACCACCCCAAUGGAAAGUUCAACCUGGAAUGAUACUCGUGUUUGAGUUGUUUCUGUUGAGAGGAUCAAUCAGUCCAAUUGAUCGAGUGGUGGCUUGGGGUGCUUUUCCAAUAUGUGACAGCAACUUUGCUAUAGUGCAAGGCCAUUAUAAGUUGCCUAUGUUACGUGGACAUAUGGAUUAUAGGAUCACUAAACAUGAAACUAUAGAGAAGUUGAUAGCAUCUGAUAUUGAUCAUUGGAUAUCCAAUCUUUAUAUUCAGGUCGUUCGCUUGCCGAGAUAUUUAUCGGGUCAAAAAGAAUAUGAAGUUGAACUUCAGUUUACAUCGGGAUUGCUGAGUCAUCCCGACAGGAUCGAGAAUUCUGAGGAAGCUGUUGAUGGAGAGAAGAUACCGAUUAUGGAGGAUGGAGAAGAUAAUAAUUCUUCUACAGAUGAUCGUAGUUCCAACAUCAGCAUUAAGUUUGGUACAAGUGGGAAGAGCGGACCAUCAGUUGAUCUUACGUCUUCCACAUCCGGAGUAAAGUCCGGUAUGAGCAGCUCCAUCAACGAGGGAAGUGGGAGCAACGUUCUUCGGAAACGGAAAAUGUCGCGAACAUCUGUGGAAAGACAUUCGCCAAAAGUUGAUUCGUUUGAAGAUUUGGAUUCCGAAGAUUCAGAAGACACAGAUGAACUAAUUCCAGUGAAAGGACAGAAUGGAAUGUUUUAUAAAAUUCAUUAUAAAAACCCAGUGGAAGAUUACAAUGCAAAGGUGACCACCCUUCUACCACAAACCCCUCAUUUGAAGAAGAAACCACCCCCACCCAAACUUACGCGCAUGGAAGAACUUGAGAGACACACCUUCAGUGUUCAACCUCCAUUUUCAAGCAAGGGGAAACUACAAAGGGUCGCUUAUGAUAGAGCUGAGUAUGUAAGCCGAAUGUUUAUUUCUGAGAUGGGAUUUUCACUUUGGAGAACCAAAGAUUUCUGGAUAACCAUAUUGUUGUUGGUGUUGCUGUGGUUUGCACGACUGUACAUUCAUUACUGUGGGCAGUGGUUGUUUUUACAGGCACUCAGACUACCAGUCAACACCUUCAUAUUCUUCCCAUACACCGUUAACUUAAACUACCAAGCUGAUCUUCUAACAACAGCUGAAGAAGUUGGUGAAGUUGUACUUGGACCAAUAUCAAACAUCAUUGUGCAGGUUCUGCUUGUAUUAUUCUCGUGGGUGAGCCAGAAAGCUCUCGGAUCAUUCCCUCUCAUCUUCUCCAAGUUGAUCCUCGCUUUCUCCUUAUGGGUCGUCUUUGAUCCGAUUAUGAUCCUCAUCGUGGAUGCUGCUCUGGGUCGAUACACCAACUCCGCAUCUCAACCUAUCGGAGAUGCAUUUAAGCUAUAUUGGCACUUCCUUAGAGUUGAAGGCUCAGGAGUGAUCGGCAUCCCUAUGGUUAUCUUCCUGUAUGCAGUAGUGAUGUUCACAGCGUUCGUCAUCUUGUAUUUAUACUUCCUCAAGCUUCAUAACAAUGGAAGGAUCCUUGAUGUCUUCCACCGACUCUGUGGGAAGGAGGAAGCUUUCUUCGUGCCGUAUGACCUCGAGUUGAGUAACCAGGAGUUGAGUUUCAUUGUAAAGAAGGCCGAACAAUGGAGAGGGGAGGAUGGGGAGAGAAGGAAGGUAACAGUUUACGAUUACAUCUGGAGUGAAGAGAUAGAUCCAAUGAAAGGAGAGAAAGUUGAAGAAGUUACGACGCACAUCGCGAUACAUACGUUACAUCUGGAUGGACUGCGUGAAAUAUAUCGACACUUUCUAAGAUUGCCAGAUGGAGCAAUAGUUGAAGUGUUCGGGGAACUUGGGACAACAAACUUAACACCAGAUGUUAAAACUGCUUUGUUGAAACGAGCAAAUAGUUUGGAAAAUAUUUUCCAAACAUCAAGGGAACCUUCGUUAGCAUCAGUGAGAAUGACUGAACAAUUAGUGAACAGAACAAACCAUUUACAAGUUCCAUCUACAUAUGGAUUUGAUGAUCGUCCGGUGACAAGUGAUUCCAUGAAAACUCGUGAAACGAUUCACCGUGAUAGCGAUUCAUCAGAUGAUCUCCCAACAACACAAAUCAUCUUCAAUGAUCAUCAACAACAAUCUUCAACUGCUUAAAUCUUCUAUACUAUUUUGUGACAAGCCAAACAUACCAUAUCAUUAUCAAAUGUAAUCAAAUAUCUCCUAAUAGACUAAAUAUUAAGCAUAAUGUAGCUAACCUUUGGGUAUCCAAUUUUCAAAUUUACAUUCUCUCCAACUUAGGUAAGCAUACAAUAAAACGAACUAACUUUCCACUAACACUAACAAUGCUUUGUGAACCACUGUAGUUUAAAUAACGAAAAUCAAUACCAAAUAUUAAACGUAAACUAAUAACACAGCUUUGACUACCCAAUUUUCAAAACUAUGUUUCAAACAACUUUUUGUAAGUCUAAAUAAUAGCAGUUAAAAUGCUUUAUAACCACUGUAGUAGGCGACCAAACCAACUUUAAACAUGAUAUAUCACUGUCUUAAACAGUGACUAAGCAAUAAUACUUGCAAGUCAUCAUAAUUCUGCACUGUCGUAAUACUUGUUACAUAUUAUCAUUGUGUAUUUAUAACAUGAUAUAUUUUUACAAAUAAUCACUGGAAUUAGACAUUAUAGUUUUGCACUUUUUGUAUCAUUUUUGAUUCUUCACUGUAAAAUAUUGUUUAGUGCCGUUAAGGUUUUUAGCAAGUACGUUUUGAGAUACUCACAGUGCAAUUGUUGAAUAUAUAUUUUAAUUUACCGCAUUCAUAGUAAUGGUAACUGAAAUAUAAGUAGAAGUAGAAAAAAAAAAAAAAACUGCACAAAUACUGAGUUUUCAUU